AUGGGUUCCUUUGAAUUUGAUUACAUUAAGGCAGAGAAAGAAGAUGCUCUAUGGAGAUACAACAUGGAGUGGACGCUGAGGAUCGGUCUUCGCUUAAUCGUGUUUUUGUUAGUUUUGUUUUUGCUGCAAUGGUCUUGGUUCCCCACUUUGAUUCCUGACACCGUCGAGGUUGCUGUAGAUUUUCGCCGACGUUUUAUCUCCACUUUUAACAAUCCUCUCUUCACUUUCAUCCUUGUAAACAUCAUUAUCCUUGCUGUUUGUCUUUUGUCUAGCCAAAAACAGACCCAGAAAGAUACCACCACCCCUGAUAUCUACGAUGAGUACGUCAGUUCUCGCCGGAGUAUACCCACAUCCGCCGUCUCCACCUCCACGGAGGAGACUAUGGUGGACAAGCAAAUCGUCCUGUUAGAAAAUGUGGUUGCUGUUUCUCCAGUAAAGCAGCGGCAACGUACGACUAGAGUUGAUAUAGUUACGGAGACAAAACGUUCCCUUUCACCAGUUAAACAACAACAACAACAACCUACAACGACCCGUAGAGUGACAAAGACAAAGAUUGCCGUAUCUUCAACUGAUCAAGUCAAGCAAAAGGAGUAUCGAAGAACUCGAUCAAUGGUUUCAGAAUCUCGUAAACAACGUCCGCGGGAGUUUAGAAGAUCGGAGACAGCUAUGAUCAGCAGAGAGCUGGUGAUUUCAGGUACAGAGCCGCCAAGGAAAUCAAUGGAUGAGAUGAGCAGUGAAGAGUUUCAAUUAAUAAUAGAUAGUUUCAUUGCUGAAAGAAAGAAGACUCUGAUGCAAGAAAAUACCGCCCAUGACACCAGGAGGAAAGACAAGUGCAUGGCUAUUGUGGUUGAGAAUUAG